GAAAAAUUAGUUGAAAAAAAACCAGAAAAAACAGUUUUUGAAUCACAAAAAAGCGAAAAGAGUACAGCAGAUGUAAGAGCUUGUGAAAGAUUAGUUGAAAAAAAACCAGAAAAAACAGUUUUUGAAGCUCAAAGAUGCGAAAAGAGUACAGCAGAUGUAAGAGCUUGUGAAAGAUUAGUUGAAAAAAAACCAGAAAAAACAAUUUUUGAAGCUCAAAGAUGUGAAAAGAGUACAGCAGAUGCAAGAGCUUGUGAAAAGUUGGUUGAAAAAAAACCAGCAAAAACAGUUUUUGAAGCUCAAAGAUGCGAAAAGAGUACAGCAGACGCAAGAGCUUGUGAAAAGCUGGUUGAAAAAAAACCAGAAAAAACAAUUUUUGAAGCUCAAAGAUGUGAAAAGAGUACAGCAGAUGCAAGAGCUUGUGAUAAAAUAAAAGAAGUUAUGAAAAGAAAUUUGUCUGAUGAAUGUCACACCUUUUAA